AUGGAGAGACUCUCAGCACUUCUGCUGCUCAUCACAGUCUCAGGUUUGGGCGGAGCUUCAGAGUUGGCCUUUAUCAAAGAACCCAGUGAUGUCAUCGCGGUGAGGGACCGCCCCCUCAUGCUGGACUGUCAGGUAGAGGGGGAGGGGCCUAUCACCAUCACCUGGCGGCGGAACGGCGUUCCCGUUCCUCUGGGAGCCAGAGCGGCCGUGCUGGAUAACGGGACGCUCCUGAUCCGGAACUUCCAGAAACGGCGUGACGGUGAUGAGAGCGACGCGGGCGAGUACGACUGCGCGGCACAGAACCGAUACGGGCUACUCAUCAGCCGCAAAGCACACGUGCAGCUGGCCUCACUUCCCAAGUUCCACACGCACCCAGAAUCCAUGAGCGUGGACGAGGGCGGCGUCGCUCGAUUUCACUGCGCCGUCAGCAGCAUCCCAGAGGCCAACAUCACCUGGGAAAGAAACAGAACGACUCUCAACGCUGAUGAUAACAGGUACACUCUUCUGCCCAACGGUAUCCUGCACAUCACAGGAGUGCGUCAGGCUGACAGCGGCAGCUACCGCUGCGUCGCUAAAAACAUCGCAAACACUCGCUACAGUCAAGAGGCCCAGCUGUCUGUCACAGUCGCAGCUAAUCGUCUCUAUAAGGAGCCGGUGAUUCUCUCUGGGCCCCAGAAUCUCACUCUGAACGUUCACCAGACCGCCAUCCUGGAGUGCAUCGCCACCGGAAACCCACGGCCCAUCGUGUCCUGGAGCAGGCUGGACGGUCGCUCCAUCGGCGUGGAGGGCAUCCAGGUGUUGGGCACAGGUAACCUCAUCAUCUCAGACGUGUCUCUGCAGCACUCAGGUGUGUACGUCUGCUCCGCCAACCGGCCCGGAACCAGGAUGAGGAGAACCGCACUGGGAAGACUGGUGGUGCAAGCUCCUCCAGAGUUCCUGCAGUGGCCUCAGUCCGUGUCGAAGCCUGCGGGCAGCAGUGCCGUCUUCACCUGUCAGGCUCAAGGUGUUCCUGAUCCACACCUCAUCUGGCUGAAGAACGGCAAGAUCCUCACGCCUGGAGACAAUGUCAAACUCACCAACAACAACAGCACGCUGGCAGUGACGCGCAUCACGGCUGAAGAUGAGGCCAUCUAUCAGUGCAUUGCGGAGAACAGCGCAGGAACCAACCAGGCCAGUGCUCGUCUCGCUGUCCCGCCGUCUGCCGAUCUCCCAGAAGCCCCUCAGGAUCUGACGGUCACGCCGCUCUCCACCACUUCCCUGCGGGUGCGCUGGAUGCAGCCGGAACGGCAUGUGAUGGACGCAAUCAUCGGAUACGUGCUGCACAUCCGCAAACUGGGCGAGCCAGACAGCAGUGAGCUUCAGGAAGCCGUGAGCAAAGACACGUUUCAGCAUGACUUCACAAACCUGGAGGCCUCCACCACCUUCUCCAUAUAUGUGAAAGCGUAUUCACCGCUGGGAGCCAGUCAGCAGUCCAACAGCGUCAUCGCCACCACACUUGGAGCUGUUCCCACGAUGCCCAGCUUCUUCACGAAGGUUCUGAACAGCACAGCGAUGCAGGUGUUCUGGGAGCUUCCUGCUAAAGCCGGUCGAGUGGAGGGAUACAAACUCUCUCAUCGCAAGCUGCCACAGCAAGAGUUCAGACACGAGGAGCGAUUCCCCGCUCACAUCAACACACACACCAUCUCUAACCUGGAAUCAUCAGCGGUGUAUGAGAUUCAGCUCACGGCCUUCAACGGAAACGGCGACAGCAUCGGCAACAAACGGCUCGUCUCAUUGGCUGAGACUGAAAAGAGCGGGAAAGAGGCAGCAGCGGGUGAGAGUGUGUGUGACUGUCGUCAGGACAGCGAGGGCUCCAUGACGGCUCUGGUGGUCGGGAUCCACAUUGGCAUGGCCUGCAUCAUAUUCUGCGCUCUCUUCCUGAUGUUCGGCUAUCGUCACAGCUUCUUCUGUCAGAAGGGUUCUCAGGGUGACUGGAGUCUGUCAGCAGGACCGAGUGUUUCUCAGAGAGACGCCGCAGCUAAAGAAGCCAGCAUCCAAGCGGCCGACGCUAUCGAGCUCACAACACAGGCUGCUGCAGCGGCGGAGCGUCCGGCGGCGGUUCCUCAGUGUCAGGUGAUGAUCGAACCUCCACCUGUCCAUCCACCGGACACAAGCCCUGGCACUGAUACCGGCACCGGAUGAGGCACCUCAACCCCAAACACCCCCCCUUCAGCUGUACAGCGACCGCUUCUCUCUCACCAAAGCCUUACACUGAACUCAACUCUCACACACACACACACACACACACGUUCAACAUUCAAAACGACACGCUGCAUCUGUUCCAAACCCGAGUGACCUACAUAGACAACAUCCUAACCAUCAUGCAACAUCACACAGGACUGUUUAGGAGUUUCACAUUUAGCAUAAAUACACACACAUAUACUGGGUAAAACGGUCAGAAUUCCCUCAACUUUUUUCCCAGUGCAUUCUAGGAUUGCAGUAGGCCAUGGGUUCGGUUCCCAGGGAAUGUAUAGCUUGAAUUCAUUAGAUACAAGCAUCUGCCAAAUGCAUGAAUGUAAAGGAUGUCUUAGAAUGAGGUCAGUAGGUGUCUUAUAAGACAGCUAACGAUGCCUUCAGUGCUGUCUAUGUAGGCGACUCACUAGGUUUGGAACAGAGCUCUUGUUUUAAACACUCAUUUGAUAAAAUAUUUGAGAUUAGAGUUUUCAAACUCGGUUAAUGUUACUAACGAAUAACAAACUGAACUUUAUCCUGUUAAACCAAAAACACAUGUUCUAUGUGACUGAACAGAUGAAGAGUUAGUCUGUUAUAGUAUUAGAUGGAUGUGUGUCGUGUGAUUGGACAUUAAUAAUUCACCGCAUUAGCCUGUGUGCAGCUGAAGCCCCGCCCUCUUCCCUAAGCCCCUCCCACUCCACCAAAACUCUCUCCGUCCAAAGAGCCGUGCCUACGUCUGACCGUCUGCCUGUCCUGCUGCUGGGAAAAACACUCUACCUCAACCACACGCGUCUUCAAACGGGUCCUCUCGGAUCCGUCAGAGCCUCCGGUGGCGACGAGUUUGAGCUCUGCUGUGACUUUUGACGUUUUACGAGACUCUUUCACAGAUUUUGUGAUGAGAAGAAGCUUCUGUGAAAGUUGAGGGACGUCCAAAGAACUUAUGCUUCUCUUUCCUUUCUUCACGGCGUUCCACAAACACGCUGAUGUGUCCUCUCCGGUAAUUUAUAAAGUUGUUUUCCAUACGGCAAAAAAAUAUAGAUUUUAAAAUAUAUUUUUAAAUAUAUGUCAAAAAUAUACAAAGAAAUGGCCAAAAAAUAUCAUAUUUACAUAAAUACAUUUUCCGUCUAUAUAUUUUUGGCCAUUUUUUGUAUAUUUGUGGAAAUAUAUUAAUUUAAAGCAUUUAUACAUUUUGUACAGGUACAAUAACAAGCUAUUCCAUCCACGUUUGCAUCAUAGUGUUUUCUUUCCCUGAAAUACUUUUGGAAUGUGAAAGUUUGCAACAUAUAUUUAGCAUAUAUUUAAAAUAUAUUUUGGCCAGAAAAAGUAUAUUUCUUGCCGUAUGGGUUGCCUUCCUGGUUUACUGUCAGUCGCGAAGGUGAUUAAACCAGAAAACUGACCAGCUGACCAUUAACCAAAGCUAAACGCACUCAUUAGCUCGAGCUCAUAACAUGAUGAUGAUGAUGAUUACCUCAAAAACACAGAUUCUAUUCUAGAAAUAUAACUAAUAAUAAUAACUAGCAGAUAUGGGAUAUAUUUUCAUAUGUUAAACCCGAAAAUAAGAUCUGCUUCUUUGUUUGUGAUGUUGAAGCUGAACUUGCCAAAUAGCGGUUAGUGUUGAUGAGACCAAAUACCUCGUAUUUCUUCUUCUAAAGCACAUGAAGGACCCUGGAGCCGGUCCGAUGGUGUUCAUGUGUGUGUCUGUGUGCUUAACUAACCGGUUUAACACACUCUUCACUGUUUAAAUAGUUACCAAAAUAACACGUUCUAGGAUUCACGUAAAAGUCUUUAAACCUUUCAGACUCUGAUUCUUGUUGAAACACAAACAAAACCAAAAUGUAAAAACUAAAAUGAAACAACAAGAUUAGAAACUGAGGCCAAAUUUUUAGACAAAACAAGUGGAGACGCGUCUGUUCUCUUGUAGAACUUUGAUUUAUUUUCCCACGGAUGAAAAGUUCUUUUUCUGCUUGAUUUGGGAAAUAUUGCCAAAAUAGAUGUACGAUUGUUCUUUAAUGUUAUUCUUAUAGGUAUUGAUGCUGUUCUUUUGAUUCUGUUUAUUUGGCGUUUAAUCCUUUUUCAUUUUAUUUCUUCUCUCUUUCUAUAGAAUUAAAAUGUUAGAAGUUUGAAACGAGUAGAUUGUUGAUUGCAAAAAAAUUCCUCAUGUUUAUAAGAAUUUACAGUCACUCCAGGUGAUUUUUAUAGCGUUAUUGUUAAAGAAAACACCUCAGACUCUGAAAUUUGCUGCUUUGGGAUCUAAUGGACUCUUUUAUAUUCCAGAUUGAUGAAAUGUUCAUAUGUGACUGAUUGCUCAACGUGUCUAUUAUUUAGGAGAGAUUGUCUAGUCGAGUAGAUGCUGAUUUGAAAUGCUUGUACCAAUGAGAGAAGUGAUGCUUUAACCUUCAGGAUUGUUCUUUUCUCAGCACCAAACGCUCCUGUAGCUUUACUCUGCUGUUACCGACGUUCAGCUGAUGAAACUCGCGACGCGUCAGAUCGGAAUUGUUUUUGUUCGCUGCCAGUCGUCGUGAGUUUCUCAGCUGAAAUCUUUUGUUUUCUUCCUUCAGUCGGUUGUAAUGAACCUCUGUGCCAAAUAAA